CAAAAGCGUAAUUAAAUGUCUGUUCUCUUUCUGUGCGCUAUAGGGGAAUGCAAGUACGACUUCCAGGCGUGGGGGGAGUGCGAUCUGGCGACGGGCAAGAAGAACAGGACGGGCAUACUGAAGCGAGCGCUCAUGGACGCGACCUGCGCCACCACUGUCACAGCCACCAAGCCCUGUGGGAAAAUCCCCAAGACCAAGCUGCAAGCCGCGUGUGCAGCGCCCGCAUACCUGCGCCUCAGUUCUAAUGAAGGCCCGAUCGCUUGGAUGCGGAGUGACAGCGUAAGAGGUGCGAGAGCUGAGGGCAAAAGAGAAGCAGAGCGAGGAUGACAGUGGCUGAGAUCAAGGGAGGCAGGCGGGAAGAAAGAGCCGCUAUCUGAGCGAGGUGUGAUUUCCCACGUCUGCCAGUUGGAAGAUAAGCCCUGGGAAGCAGAGGGGUUACCGGUGAAAAAGAAAGAUGGG